AUGGAUGAAAGACCUUUUCAAUCUUUGUUAGAAAUGAUACGACCAAAGAUUACUAAGCAAGAUACAAAUAUGAGGCUUUCAGUAACAGCUGAAGAAAGACUAAUUGUGACUUUAAAGUACUUAGCAACAGGCAAUUCUUAUGAAGAUCUAAAAUUUACAAGUGCUAUAUCACCUCAGAUAAUUGGUAAAAUUGUCCCAGAAACAUGCAUGGCAAUUUACGAAGCAUUAAAAAAUGAUUAUUUGAAGGUAAGUAAAUAUGCUUUAUAA